CUUCCUUUUGGCAUUGUUUUGCCGAAGUGUCGAAACAUAGAAGUAGAUAAGUGAAAACUCCCCCUUCACCGGCUCUUCCCGCCGGCACCGGAGACAAACAAUGUUCUUGUUAAACCCCCAACUCCACCAGCAAACCACCAUUUCCCCUCUCCUUCCAACCACCUCUUCUACUUCCCUAUGUAAAUCCCACCACAAAACCCAACCAUUGUUCUUCCGUAAACCCACUUUAUCAUUCCCUCAAUUCUCCCUCCGCCACCACCCCCAGCAACAAUCAUACACCAACGUCAACAGAGACGACGAAGGAUACGAAGAAGAAGAAGAUGAACAAGUACUCGGAGACUGCUUGGUUUUUGAAGAAGGCAUAUUCGAAGACCCUUUCAUUCAAAACGAAAUUCAGCUUGAAGCGCCCAAACCCUCCAAAAGGGUUACUAAAAUCGUGGUUCAACCGGAGGAUUUGGUUCCAGCGAACUGGAAAGACGUUCAGACAGAGAUUAAUAUCACGAAGAAAGAGAGGAGAAAGAUGGCCCAGGAAAUGGAAUUCGGGAGCAGAUUACAGAAGAGGAAAGACGGGUUAAAACCUAUACCGAUGGGGUAUGAGAGUAUGAAAGAGUACAAAGCUGCAAAACUAAGGGAAUUGAAGCCAGUUGUGUUGGAUAAUCCUCAAUUUUUGGUGGAAAAGAACGAAGGUGAUGACACCGAAGAUGAAAUUGACGAGGGUGAAGGUACCAGGGGCAUUAGAGUGACCCCUAGGAACCCUAAAAUGGCCGUGUAUGGCCGGAAUUUGGAGGAUAUUUCACGAUACUUGAACUCCGGCAUGUAUGAUCCUGAAGCUGCCAAAGAUCCAGAAGGUCCUCGUAAGUUAUUUUCAAAGGAGGAGAAAGUCCUUAUGAAUAGGCGGACUCCUGAUUUGGCGACUGCAACCUCUGAGAAAUGGCAACCUUUACACACUCUUGCUGCAUCAGGAGAAUUUUACCUUGUUGACACUUUGAUGAAAUACAACGUAGAUAUCAACGUCCCCAAUCAGGAGGGACUCACAGCACUUCACAAAGCAAUACUUGGCAAAAAGCAUGCCAUUUGUAAUUAUCUAUUGAGAAAUUCAGCUAAUCCAUUUGUUCGUGACAAAGAUGGGGCUACCCUUAUGCAUUAUGCUGUACGCACUGCAUCAACUCAAAUGAUAAAAAUUCUUUUACUUUAUAAUGUGGAUAUAAACCUCCAAGACAACUACGGGUGGGCCCCACUGCAUCUAGCUGUCCAAUUGCGUAGAACUGAUGUGGUGAGGCUUUUGUUGAUCAAGAAAGCUGAUAAGACCCUCAAAAACCAAGAAGGGUUGACCCCAGUGGAUCUUUGCCUUUAUAGUGGAAGAGACACACGAACAUAUGAGUUGAUAAGGCUACUAAAACUGCCACCCAAACCACGUAAAUAUGUUGAACUCAUGGAAUAGCAAUCUACUUCCAUCAUGCUUUGUUUGGCUAUCAUCAUCAUCAUCAUCAUCAUCAUCAUCAUCAUCAUCAUAACUUCGAUUGGUUGACCGUUGACCGUUGAACAAACUUGCUGGAUGCCCGAGCCACACAAUGCCAGGGGUAGGAUAGGAAUUAUAGACAUAUAUGGAUUAGUUUGUAGCUAAGACACAUGAAUAACAUGUACAAGUUUUCAUUUUUUUUUUGUUCUCCAAGCUUUGAGUUGACUUCUUAUGUAGGACAAGAGAAGACAAGUGGCCUUGUUGUGCAUAAGUCUUGUUCGAAAGGUGGGACAUGAACUUGCUCUCAAUCUGUGUCUGUGCAAAAGAUGUGAAUGCCCCUAUCAUCGAAAAUAGACUUGGAAUGUUUGCCAUGUCAUGUUUAGUUCCGGUCAGGUAUAAUAUUUACAAUAAUACAUUAUUAAUUCUACAUACAUUAUAAAUAUUGCUGUUCAAAACA